CAAUCAUUCGCAUUCCCUACCCCCAUUUUUUUCCUCGAAGGCUUUCACGUGAGCAGCAGGUCUCACCCCCGCCUUCGCUAGUUCGACUCGAGGUCCCAAUCUCGAGCUUUCUCUCGGCUUCCACUGGCGACGCUUCUCCCAUCGACUAGCCGCCCCCGUCGGCGCUCACUUUCGCGUCCGACCUUAGGCCCUCAUGAUCUCGCUCGCACGAGGAACCUAGGGCACUUUGCCUCUUCGCUCUUCGGCUCGUGGUUUCGUCGUACCCUACUAUAGCCGGUGGCCCAAGCCGCCCGACCUCUUCACUCCCGCGACGCCAAUAAAGCUCGCUUACUGCUUUUUUUUCCCUCACAUCACUUAGAAAAGAGGCACCACCCCUUCUAUCACUCAGUCCGUGGUUUUGCGGCGUCUCCCUUGCCGACGACUCCCCCACCUCGCCGGAACCUCCUUCCUUGUCUCCUUUUGGCUGGAAGCCUCACCAGAGCUCCUCCCCAUCGGCGGGCCGUGACAUCAUCACUUUGUAAAAUGCCAUGAACUACUUCUCUCCUGCGUUAGGAGAGCUUCAUCCGAAGCACCUGUGGGACUUCCAUCGACCUUCGCAAUGCCAGUAUAAAUUGUAAUAAAAGAACUAUGAACACGAGGGCCUUCUCAGCAUUUAACCUCUAAAAAAACAUUGAAUUAUCUAGAGUUUGAGUGAGAAUAAGGAUGGUAGAAUAUGAAGCGGAGAAUAUCAAGAAGAAGAAAAGGAAGGAGAAAAAUUGGAUAGAAGAUACCAUUAGGAACUCAAAUAAUUUUUUGGAGGGGAAUCAUAAAGAAAAUAACAAAAAGAAGAGCAAAAAGGAGGAGCACAAGUGGAAGGAGAUACCAACGGUCAGUAUUGCAGUAAUAGGCUCCAUCAUUGACAACACCCAGUCGCAAGAGCUUGCCACUCUCGUAAAUCAUUUUAAAUCCCAAAAAGCUCAUACAAAUCUAGCAGGUCAGAUUGCUCGAGCUGCCACCAUAUUCCAUGUCGAUGAGAUAGUGGUAGUUGAUAGUAAGUCCAUGGUGAAUAAUAGUGAUGAAAAUGAGACUGGUGCACAGUUUCUUGUAAGAAUUUUGCAGUAUUUGGAGACACCUCAAUAUCUGCGACGUCGGCUCUUCCCUAUGCACAAUAGUUUAAAGCAUGUGGGUUUGCUUCCCCCUCUUGAUGCUCCUCAUCAUGUCCGCAAGCAUGAAUGGUCCCCAUUUCGAGAAGGUGUAACAUUGGAAGUGAAUUCUUCAGGUCCAGGGGGAACAUUAGUUGAUGUUGGUUUACGGAAGAAUGUCAAGCUUGAGCAAGUUCUCAAGCCAGGAUUAAGAGUGACUGUUGCAAUGGGAGCUGACCGGAACUUUGAAACAGAUAGUUUGAAGAAGGUUGUUGGAGAAAAUACUCCACGGGAAGAAAUGGGAAUUUAUUGGGGCUAUAAGGUUCGGUAUGCCCCAAACUUCAGUUCAGUUUUCAAGAACUGCCUGCACAAGGAAAGCUAUGAUUAUAUUGUUGGAACUUCUGAGCAUGGUGCAGUUAUCAAAUCAUCAGAGCUUAGCUUACCUAAUUUUCAGCACCUUUUGAUUGCAUUUGGUGGUCUUGGGGGUCUUGAGGAGAGCAUUGAAGAAGACAAUAAUCUAAAGGGAAAAAGUGUUAAUGAAGUUUUUCAUUCAUAUCUAAAUACUUGUCCCCACCAGGGAAGCAGAACUAUUCGUACUGAGGAAGCAAUUUUUAUAUCACUCCAAUACUUUCAAGAACCUAUAAUACGAGCUGGUAGAAUAUUUGAAGCCUCCCGGCAUACCUCUUAAUUAUAAUUUGUAAUGUCAUAGGGCUGAAAAUUGCUCAGAAGUUUUUUCUAGCCAGCUUUUGGCAUUCAUAAUGAAGCAAAAAUGGGUGCUAUGAUCACCAAAGCUUUUGUUAUUGAGUGCAUGUUUGGGAGCUACAGAACAAAAAAACAGAAUGUCACAGUUUAUGGAAAUUUAUCCUUUUUUAAAUUUUU